AACCAGAUACAUAAGCUGCCUGUAGCUCAAGUCGCACUGGGCAGGGCGUCUCCGCUGCUCGCUAGUCCCGGAGCAAGUGCAAUUAUUUGGCAUCACCUGCAAAAUGGCUGCAGCCGCCUAUAAAAUGAUCAGCAUACCGGAGGCGCAGGACAUCGUCCUGUCCCACACGCGGCCACUCGGCGCGGUGACCGUGGGGCUCGCCGGCGCGUUGGGCCGUGUGCUGGCAGAGGAGGUGCGCGCACCCGACUCCCUGCCGCCCUUCCCGGCGUCCAUCAAGGACGGCUAUGCGGUGGUGGCGGCGGACGGCGUCGGCGAGUUCCCGGUGGUGGGCGAGUCUCGGGCGGGCCACCUGGACCAGCUGCCGGUUGCCCCCGGCAGCGUAGCCUACAUCACCACAGGUGCGCCUGUGCCGCCCGGUGCGGACGCGGUGGUGCAGGUGGAGGACACGGAGAAGCUGCCGGACGGCGAGGGCAGCCAGCGCCGGGUGCGCAUCUGCAAGGCAGCCAAGGCAGGGCAGGACAUCCGGCCGGUGGGCUCCGACAUCACGGAGGGUGACACCGUGCUCCAGGCGGGCGAGCGGGUGGGCGUGGCGGAGAUGGGCAUCCUGGCCACAGUGGGCGCCGUCAGCCUCAAGGUGCACGCCACGCCGCGGGUGGCAGUGCUGUCCACAGGCGACGAGGUUGUGGAUCCCUCCACGGCGCCGCUGGGCCCCGGCCAGAUCCGUGACGCCAACCGGGCCAUGCUGCUGGCGGCGGCGGCCAAGGCGGGAGCGGAGGUUGUCGACAUGGGUGUGGCCCGCGACACGGAGGGCCAUCUGGAGGGCUGCCUGGCUGCGGCCAUUGAGCAGCGCGUGGAUGUACUCAUCACCUCGGGCGGCGUGUCCAUGGGCGACCGCGACCUGAUCAAGCCGCUGCUGGCGCGCGAGGGCACCAUCCACUUUGGCCGCGUGCGCAUGAAGCCCGGCAAGCCGCUCACCUUCGCCACCCUCACGCUGCCGCAGCAGGGCGGCCGCCAGAUGCUGGUGUUCGGCCUGCCGGGCAACCCCGUGAGCAGCUUCGUGUGCUUCCACCUGGUGGUGCUGCCCGCGCUGCGCAAGAUGGGCGGCUGGGCGGAGCCCCAGCUGCGCCGUGUGGCGGCACGCCUGGCCGUGGACAUCAAGCUGGACCCCGAGCGGCCCGAGUACCACCGCUGCACGCUGCAGUGGGGGCCGCCGCCGCUCGGCAGCACGCCCGCGCUCAAGGCGGCGGUGGCGGAGGCAGCCGCCGCACAGGACCCGCUGCACGCGCCGCCGCCGCCGCCGCCGCACGAGGCUUCGGCCCACGGCGCCGCCGGCCUGGGGUCUAUGGAGCUGUGGGCGGUGAGCACCGGCAACCAGAUCAGCAGCCGGCUGCUGUCAGCGAGAUCCGCCAACGCGCUGCUGGAGAUCCCCUGUGCCUCCGGCGUCAUAAAGGCCGGCAGUCUGGUGUCGGCGCUGCUGAUUGACGAUCUGGGCGGCAUGCCGGUGCCGCCGGGCGGUGUGCCCGUCACGCCCGGCUUUUGAGGCUAUGCGUGAGAAAGGGGUCGGGCUUAGAGGGUGGAGGCGUUCGCGAGGGGGAGGGGGAGAGGGAGAGGCGGGAGUGGAGAUGGAGCGGGGCCCUAUACGGAGCAAGGCUGCGCUGUGGCGGGGGAAGGGGGUUACGACCGCCUGCUCCAGUUUUAGGUUGAGGGGGGCGGCGUGUCGGGUAGGAACAUGGGUUUGAGUGGAGGCACGGGGCUCUGCCGCUGGGGCUGCAACGGGAGCAAGCCUGCUACGGAGCAGCAAAUGGCCGCUCAUCCAGAAUCACCGUCGAGAGGGGGGGCCUCUGGUGGUGGUCGCUGCUGCGUGCCGUUCGUACGUGUCCGUACUCCGUACCGGUGUGGUGCGAACCCCGUCCUGAAAUUCUUCGUACUGAGUCCCAGCCGCUUAUAGAUAGACGAUGUGCUUAUAGAUAGACGAUGUGCUUUUGUGGGUUUACCCGUCAAUGCACAUCCUAUGCUUGCGCGGGGACUGGUGUAAUAUGAAGUUUAACCCUAAACUACGCGCUGCUUAGUGCGGGGAGGGGGAGGACAGCAGGCAGCAAAUACAGCAGCGUGCAGCAGGAUGUGAGCGUGUUCACGAGGGCAACGCCAAGCAGCCCAGUGGCUCAGGGGGCGCUGUGUGCAUGCAGGUGCAGAGCGGAGGAGGUGGGCUAGACCACAUGGAGCAAGGGGGGCGCGGCCGCGCGGGGUCGCCUAGGGAGAUGGCACCGGCGCGCAGGUUGAGUCAUUGAGACCGGCAGGCGUCUUGUUAGGGAUCUUGACUGCUGGCAAGCAGAGCAGUGCUCGUAUGUUCCUUCUUUUUGACAGAAAUUUGCCCAAAAAGUGGCAGGGACCUACUAGAGGUCCCGUCUUCAAGUGUUUGGCAAGGGCGAGCCUCCCGCUUGCGGGUGCAGCCACCAUUCACGCGGUAGCGCAUGCGCCCGCAUCGCCACUUCCUCGGCAACUUCUUCUACUGGUUCACUACAUGGCUGCGCGCUAUGUUUAACGUCCACAUAUCCGU